AAUCCCAAUCCCAAUCCCAACCCCAACCCCAACCACGCUGCUUUUUAAAAGCCUCGAAGUUCCACGAGGGCCACCGUCUUUAUUCCUCCUUUUUCUCUCUGUUUUCCCCCAAUUGGAUUUGGGCUUUCCUUCUUUCAUUCUCUUCUCUCCAUCUUCAAUUCGUAUUCGGCUCAGGUGUGAGCAUUCAGAUCUAGGUUGAAAGGUUCUCUUGUUUGCGUUUCCUGCAUCAGCCAAGUUUCAUGUCUGAUCUUGAUAUCCAGGUUCCAACUGCUUUUGAUCCUUUUGCUGAUGCAAAUGCUGAGAAUUCGGGUGCUGGGGCAAAGGACUAUGUUCAUAUUCGCAUACAGCAGCGGAAUGGUCGGAAAAGCCUGACAACUGUGCAGGGAUUGAAGAAAGAGUUCAGCUAUAACAAAAUCUUGAAGGAUCUUAAGAAAGAGUUUUGCUGCAAUGGUACUGUUGUUCAGGACCCAGAACUAGGCCAGGUUAUUCAACUACAAGGUGACCAGCGGAAGAACGUUUCAACUUUUCUUGUUCAGGCUGGAAUUGUGAAAAAGGAGCAUAUCAAGAUCCAUGGUUUUUGAGCUGUAGCGUCCGCUUGUCUGCCACUCGAUGUUGCAUCAUGUGAAGUACGAUAUGUGAAGAAGUUGUUAAUCAAGUUAAUUGUAAUGCUUAUGUGGUUGUCUGAUACCCUAUGAUACUUUACUAUUUACCUCUUGGUUUAGUUGCGUGUAUCAUGUGUGAUGUUGAUUGAAGGCUUGCUAGUGUUGAUGGAUAUGAAUAAUUGUGAUGUGCUCGAUUCAAAUACUAUAAACCAACUUGUCUUCUUGUGUA